AAAAAUUACCACAAAUUGCGUAAAAUAAUUUGUCUAAAAAUGUCAUAAACUAAAAAAAAAUACGAAAAUAAAUAAAGAACUAACAGUUAUUUAAAUUCGCGUUAUUGUUCUCUUAACAAAAAAAUUGUUGCUAAAAUCGUAAUAAUGUCAAUAAAGUAGAAAUCGUAGAAAUGGCAGAAGCAGAAAUAAUCAGCUGACCGAGUUAACCUCAAAAUUUAAAGUGUCAACACGUGGUUUGAUUGUCAUUUUGGUACAAAUAUUUAGAAAAUGUUUUUUUCUAUUUAAAAAUACAAAUUUACGAAGAAUUAAACCCUACCUGGAAUAUUAAAGUUCAAAUAUAAUUUUGAAUGCAAAAUGAAUAAAAAAGGUUAUAAUUGGAAGUCGAGAAAUGGAGCACAAGUAGAAAUUGAUAAUUCAGCAACAAAGAAGAUUCUUCUCGAUUUUGACUACAAGGAAGAUAAAUUUGACGCUAACAAUGCCCUCGUUCUGCCUAGUAAAAAGAGAAAAACAAAAAAUAUUAAAAAGAAGGGACAAAUUGCAGAACCACUUCUCUCUAAAAAACAGAAGAAACAAUUGGAAAAAAUUGUCGAAAAGAAGAAGAAGAAACUAAAUAGAGCAACUUUGGAGAGUAAUUUAGCACAAGUUUCAGUUUCUCAAGACGAAUUAAAACAAUACGUUUCAUUUACUGCAGUGCAAACGAAGGGGCUUAAGAGAUAUUUACGUGAAUCUGAGAUCUCGUUGGAAAAUAAGGCAGUUGAGGAGUUUGAUGAAAAUGGUAAAGUUGUGGUAAAUACUUUAAAAGGAGCAAAACGAAUACGUUUAGCACUUGCUCAAGAAUCAAAGGAGAAGAAGAGUUCAACUGAUCCUAAUGUUCUCGAUUUGGAUGAAUCUAGUGAAGGUGAUGAUUCUACUGAAGAAAGUGACGAAUCUUCUGCCGAAGAUACGAAAUCUAAAGAAGUAGAUACGAAAACUGAAGAAGUAAAAAAAGAUAUUCCUGUGAAUCAAAAUGUGAUUUCUUCUGUAUCCAAAGAACCUGAAAAUGAAAGGAAAACAGGGACAAAAGUAAUUGCAAAAGAAAAUAGUGAAGAAUCGAAAAAGGAGAAUAAGAAGAGCAAUAUUCCAGUAAUUGACGUGGAGAGGAAACCGGCAGUUUUCGUGUCUGUUGACCGCAAACCAGAAAUUCAGGAAGCUCGACUAAAACUUCCGAUUUUAGCCGAAGAGCAAGAAAUUGUAGAGGCGAUCAAUGAAAAUCCGGUUGUUAUAAUUACUGGAGAAACUGGAUCAGGAAAAACAACACAAGUACCACAAUUUCUUUAUGAAGCUGGUUAUGCGAAAGACCGAAUGAUUUGCAUAACUGAACCAAGAAGAGUGGCUGCCAUUUCCAUGAGCAGACGAGUGGCGGAGGAAAUGAAUCUUUCCGACAAAGAAGUUUCUUAUCUCAUUCGUUUCGAAGGAAACUCAACGCCUGAAACGAAAAUAAAAUUUAUGACUGACGGAGUUCUAUUAAAGGAAAUACAAACCGAUUUUCUACUGAAAAAUUAUUCAGUGAUUAUACUGGACGAAGCUCACGAAAGAAGUGUCUACACCGACAUACUGAUAGGCUUCCUGACCCGAAUUGUCACAUUACGGGAGAAAAAAGGCGAUCCUUUGAAAAUGAUAAUCAUGUCCGCAACUUUACGUGUCGAUGACUUUGUCGAAAAUCCAAAACUUUUUAAAAUCAAACCUCCAGUCAUUAAUGUUGAAUCGAGACAAUAUCCUGUCACUGUACAUUUCAAUAGGAGAACAGACGAUGAUUAUGUAAAGGAAGCUUUGCGUAAAACUGUCAAAAUUCAUUCGCAAUUACCAGCUGGAGGAAUUUUAAUUUUCUUAACCGGUCAACGAGAAGUAAAUCAUGUCGUACAGAAGUUGCGUAAAGCUUUUCCGUAUAAGGAAAAGAAGGGAAAAAAGAAGAAAAGAAAGGAAAAGAAGGAAAAGAAUAAAAUGAAUGAAAUUAAUGAAAAGAAGACUGAAAUCGAAGAAAGUGAAAAUGAUGUAAACUCGGAUGACGAAUUUUUCUCCGUGAAAUCUCGUAAGGGAUUAAAGAAAAAAUCGAAGGCCAAGGAAUUACCCAGAGUUGAUCUUAACGAAUAUUUAGCAUUCCCAACGAAUGAAAAUGAUACAGACGAGGACGAAGAUUUUGACGAAAUUAAUGAUGGGGAUGAUGAUGAUGGAAUUGAUUUGAGAGGUAUUUCGAAUUUACAACCGCUCUGGGUUUUGCCUCUCUAUUCACUGCUCUCUAGUCAAAAACAAGGAAAGGUUUUCGAACCUCCUCCCGAAGGUUGUCGUUUAUGUGUGGUUUCGACGAACGUCUCCGAGACUUCGUUGACAAUUCCAAACAUAAAAUAUGUCGUCGACAGUGGUAGAUGUAAAACAAGACUUUACGAUAAAAUUACUGGCGUCAGUACUUAUAAAGUGACGUACACGAGUAAAGCGGGUGCAAAUCAACGUGCCGGAAGAGCGGGGAGAGUUGGUCCCGGACAUUGUUACAGAUUAUACUCUUCAGCAGUGUUUAACAACGACUUUGAAGAAUUCAGUGAACCGGAAAUUUGUCGCAAACCGCCCGACGAUUUAAUUUUACAAUUAAAAUCCAUGCACAUAGAGAAAGUGAUUAAUUUUCCAUUUCCAACGAAUCCUGGUUUAGAGCAAUUAAAAGCCGCUGAACGACGUCUUUGCUUUCUAGGAGCUUUACAAUCAAGCCCACUUAUGAAAAAUGAAACGUAUUCGGCGAAAAUUACCCCUCUUGGAAGGAGUAUAGCAGCUUUCCCGGUUGCACCACGCUAUGGAAAAAUGCUAGUUCUUUCAAAUGAAAAUAAUCUUUACAAUUACACAAUUUGCAUAGUGGCUGCACUUUCGGUUCAAGAAUUGCUAAUUGAUUCGUUCGAUAAAAAUAGCAAACUCGUACAAAUUCGACGUUUUUGGGCAGGAACGGGCAAUAGUCUUCUGUUAGGAGAUCUAAUGGUCUUGUUACGAUCCGUUGGCGGUGCCGAGCAUGCAGCUUCCAAGGGAAAAUUAUCAAAAUUCUGUGAAGAAUUUGGCGUGCGAGAAAAAGCAGCCAUUGAAGUUAGAAAAUUGAGACAACAACUCACGAACGAAAUUCUUCUGAAUGAACCAAAUUUGGAGCUCACUUUAGAUCCCGAAUUGCAGCCACCCAGCGAAACACAAAUUAAAUUCCUCCGGCAUUUAAUUCUCUCGGGAAUGGUAGAUCACGUAGCGAGAAAAUUAACAGCCGAAGAAAUAAAUCAAGGAGAGGAUAAAAAACAAUUGAAAUACGCUUAUAGGACAAUAGAAAUGGAAGACCCAGUUUUCAUGCACUCAACGUCUGUUCUGAAAAGAGAAUCUCCCGAAUGGGUGGUUUAUCAGGAAAUUUAUGAAACAAAUAAAAUCUAUAUGAGAGGAGUGACAGCUAUUGAGCCUGAAUGGUUACCAAUUUAUGCACCAAAUUUGUGCAAUAUGAGCGAACCUUUGGUUGAUCCAUCGCCUUGGUAUGACGAAGAGACGGGAGAAGUUAUGUGUUUCAUGACUGGAACAUUUGGUCGCGGUGGCUGGGAAUUACCAAGAGUGAAAAUGGUUUAUCCAAAGAAUGUCGAUGGUGUUAAAUGGUUUGCAAGAUUUCUUCUGGAAGGUCGAGUGUUUUCAAAAUUGAAACCAUUUGUCGAAUCGCUAUUAACCACGCCGAGUAGUAUUAACGCUACUUGGGCUAAACUAUUGCCUAGAACAGAAACGAUGACUAAACAACUUCUCUCAAAGGGAAUAAUGUCUAGAGAUAAACUUAAAGAAGAGUGGCUGAGGAACGAAAAAUUCUUACUGAGCGCUUAUCAAAUGUGGUUGCCUAAAUCUGGUUCCGCUCUUGUUUCGGAAGUUUGGCCACCGUUGUAACAUCAAAGAUAAUUGAGAGAAUAUUGGUGCGAAAGUGACACAAGCAGGAUUCCAGGCAGUAUAAAAAGCAACGAUCCACAUGCACCUGGUGUCACGCUGCAAUUCUUCCUGUAAACUCGUGGCUCCACGGAGGUAAAUUACCUUCUCAGGACCUUGAUACGUUGGCUCAGGUAACAACAAACCACACACUGUAAUUAAUUAGUAAUUACUUUUAAAUAAUUACUUUUAUAAUAAUAAAAGUUUUGUAAUAAUAAACGAUUUUAAGUCUA